AGGGACGUAACUCACGACUAUGGUUUGAAACGAAAACGUAAAUAAGAAGUUUUUACCUUUCUAAUUUAUUUCAUAUCCUUCUGGCUAUAUAAAGAUGCCAGCUAAACAGAGAAGAGUUGCUCUGAUGGGCUUCAGAUCGGUUGGAAAGUCUUCGGUCACAAUCCAGUUUGUUGAGAAUCAUUUUGUUGAUUCAUAUGACCCAACAAUUGAAAACACUUUUCAGAAGACCCUCAAAAUCCGUGGACAAGAAUAUUCACUCCAAGUGAUUGACACAGCUGGCCAAGAUGAGUACUCCAUUCUGCCACAGUCAUAUUUUGUGAAUAUAGAUGGAUAUGUAUUGGUAUAUUCUGUCAAUUCUAGAAAAAGCUAUGAAGUGGUAAAGUUUGUUUAUGACAAGCUCUUGGAUAUGAAAGGAACCAUCAAUGGUGUGCCUGUAGUAUUGGUAGGGAACAAAUGUGACUUAGCCACAGAAAGAGAAGUGUCUUUUGAAGAGGGAAAGAGAUUGGCAGAUAGCUGGAAGGUAUCAUUUCUGGAAACUUGUGCAAAAGAGCACCAUACCGUGACAGAAGUUUUCACUCAGAUCAUCCUCGCCAUUGAGAGAGCAGAGGGAAAUAACCCUGACCAAAAUAAGUCCUGUGUAUUAUCUUGAUGUUAAUGACGUCACUGACUUCUUUUAAUGCAUUGUAAUCUUAUGGAAUGAAGGAAUUAUUUGUAUUUUAUAAAUUUUCAAUUGUACAUAUAACUUUGUAUAUGUUUUUGUGUAUUAAGGCGAGUGCAUGGCAUCUCAGGUUAAAAUAUUGCACUGUGAAUUAUUUUUAUUUUCUGAUUUUAAACACAAUUUUUUUGUAAAUUUUGAGACAUUGAAGAUCAUAGGGAAGAAUUGUUCUGUUCACAAGCUAAUUAAUGUUGCAACACUGUAUUGAUUUGACUUUAACACUUUUGCAUCAUGUAUUGAAUAUAUAUGUUUACAAUGUAUAUGAAUGAAUUGUAUUUUUCUGAUGAUCGGUUCUAAAGACAGUAUGACCAAUGGUUUUUCAGUGAUUUGUGAUUAAAGGUUCCUGAAAAUACAUUUACAUGUACUUGUAUUUUUGAAAAUGUAGAUCAUUGUUACGUAAAAUUUUUCAUAUGGUAUGUCUCAUAAUUAAACAUACAAGUUUUAGAGAAAAAUUAAUGUGAAUUAUGAAUUUCCAUGCAAUAAAAUGAAAAAUAUUUGGA